GCUGAAACACUUCCUUUGCAUCUGACUGAAGGGGUGCCUGAGAAAAGCGGAAGAGCAGAGACCCAGCACGACCGGUGAGGGCUGACUGCUCCCGGGCUGAAAGGAUCCACUUUCCCAACUCGGCAGAUGCCCCUCCAGCGCCCCGGCUUUGGAUUUAUCAGCGGUUAGACAAGGGGCCGUUUCUGCUCUGGGUUUCGAGAGGCCUCUCCCCGCUCCCGGCCCGACCACCCCGGGGAAGAGCCGUCGGGAGACGGGGUCCGGCCCGGCUCCGACCCGGGGCCCCGGAGGCGGCCGCCCUCCCGGGGGGGAGAUGUGCUCCCGGGGCCCGCCCCCGGGGCCCGUCUGCGCCCGCCGCCAGCCCCGGACAUGGAUCCCGAGGCCCCGGAGCCGCCCGUCCUUCUGAGAGAGGCGGCCAAGAGGAGGCGGCGGAGGAUGAAGGCCUACGGCACCCCGGGCCCGCCGGUCCCCCCGGCUCCCUCGGAGCUGAUCCCCAUCGAGUUCACCCUGCCCGCCCGGCGGCGGGACUCCCCGGAGACCCCCGAGACGGUGACCCUGGACGUGCCGGGGAACGGCAGCGUGGAGCAGAUGAAGGCCCAGCUGUGGGCCCACGCGGCCGAGCUGGGCCCGGUCGGGGCCUUCUUCCAGCGCAGCUGCCCUGACCAGUUCCUGCUGCUCUACCAGAAGAGGGGCCAGUGGUACGAGGUGUAUGACCGGCACCAGGCCGUGCAGACCCUGGACUGCGUGCUCCACUGGAAGGUCACGCGUCUGCCCGUGGGCCACAUCCGGGUGGCGCCCAGGCCGCAGCCCACCCCGGAGGUGCUGGACUUCCAGCGCCGUCUGACCGAGCUGAUCGGCUACGACGUGACGGACGUGAGCAACGUGCACGACGACGAGCUGGAGUCCACCCGCCGCCGGCUGCUGGCCCCGCGGGCGGCCGAGGUGGCCGGCCGGGACCCCGGGCUCUACGCCAUGCACCCCUGGGUCACGUCCAAGCCGCUGCCCGCCUACCUGCAGGGCAAGGUGGCCAACGGCCACGUCCUGCUGGUCAUCCACCGGGGCACCACCAGCCAGACGGUGAAGGUGUCCGUGGACGAGACCCCCGGGGCCAUCCUGCGGGGCUUCUUCACCCGGAUGGCCAAGAAGAAGUCGCUGAUGGGCAUCCCCGAGGGCCUGGGCGAGCGGGACUUCGUGCUGCGGGUCUGCGGGCGGGACGAGUACCUGGUGGGCGAGACGCCCGUCAAGAACUUCCAGUGGGUCCGGCAGUGCCUGAAGAACGGCGAGGACAUCCACCUGGUCCUGGACGCGCCGCCCGACCCGGCCCUGGACCGGGUGCGGGAGGAGGAGUGGCCGCUGGUGGACGACGGGCCCGGCGCCACGGGCUACCACGACCAGCUGACGGUGGCGGGCAAGAGCCACGAGCGGGUGCUCACCGUGUCCCUCUGGGACUGCGACCGGCGCUUCCGGGUCAAGAUCCGGGGCUUCGACGGGCCGGCCGCGCCCCCGCGGGGCCCCGAGCCCACCGUGUUCGUGGAGGCCAAGGUCCAGCACGGGCAGCAGCUGCUGAGCCAGAGCAGGACGACCAGCAAGCCCUGGGCCGAGGAGGUGCUGUGGAAUCAGUGGCUCGAGUUCGGCAUCCGCAUCAAGGAUCUGCCCCGGGGGGCCCUGCUCAACCUGCAGAUCUACUGCGGCCGGGCCCAGGGCGGGCCGCCCCCCGCGCCCGGCUCCCCCGGGCCCGGCUCCGACCCCCGGGCCCGGCACCAGCUGCUCUACUACGUCAACCUGCUGCUGGUGGACCACCGCUCCCUGCUGCGCCGCGGGGGCUACGUCCUGCACAUGUGGAAGACCUCCGGGAAGGAGGACGGCCGCGGCAGCCUCAACGCCGACAAGCUCACCUCGGCCACCAACCCCGACAAGGAGAACUCCGUGGCCAUCUCAGUCCUGCUGGACGACUACUGCCACCCAGUCGCCCUGCCCAAGCACCGGCCCGCCUCCGGCCCCGACGGGGCCGGGGCCGGGGCGGGGGGCCGGGCCGAGAUGCCCAACCAGCUCCGCAAGCAGCUGGAGGAGAUCGUCGCCACCGACCCCCUCCACCCGCUCAGCGCCGAGGACAAGGAGCUGCUCUGGCACUUCCGGCACGAGAGCCUGAAGCACCCCGAGGCCUACCCCAAGCUCUUCAGCGCCGUCGACUGGGGGCGGCAGGAGACCGUGGCCGUGGCCUACCGGCUGCUCGCCCGCCGGGAGGUCUGGGACCGGAGCGCCCUGGACGUCGGCUUGACCCUGCAGCUCCUGGACUGCAACUUCUCCGACGAGAACGUGCGAGCCAUGGCCGUGCAGAAGCUGGAGAGCCUGGAGGACGACGACGUCCUGCACUUCCUGCUGCAGCUGGUGCAGGCCGUGAAGUUUGAACCGUACCACGAUAGCGCCCUGGCCCGAUUCCUGCUGAAGCGUGGUCUGAGGAACAAGAGGAUCGGCCACUUUCUGUUCUGGUUCUUGAGGAGCGAGAUCGCUCAGUCGCCGCACUACCAGCAGAGGUUCGCGGUGCUCCUGGAGGCCUACCUCCGGGGCUGCGGCCAAGCCAUGCUCCAAGACUUCACCAGGCAGGUCCAGGUCACCCGCCUGCUGCACAAGCUCACGCUCGAAAUCAAGUCGCUCUCCGCCGACAAGUACGACGUCACCCCCCAAGUCGUUGCUCAACUUAAGGAAAAGCUUGAAAACCUGCAGAACUCUCACCUUCCGGACAGCUUCAGAGUUCCCUACGAUCCUGGCCUGAAGGCCGGAAAGUUGGUGAUUGAAAAAUGCAAAGUGAUGGCCUCCAAGAAAAAGCCCCUCUGGCUGGAGUUCCAGUGCGCCGACCCCACGGCCCUGUCCAGCGAAACCAUCGGGGUCAUCUUCAAACAUGGCGAUGACCUCCGGCAGGACAUGCUCAUCCUUCAGAUCCUACGAAUUAUGGAGUCGAUCUGGGAGACGGAGUCUUUGGACUUGUGUCUGCUGCCUUAUGGCUGCAUUUCCACUGGAGAUAAAAUAGGAAUGAUUGAGAUCGUCAAGGAUGCUACCACAAUUGCCAAGAUCCAGCAAAGCACUGUAGGAAACACAGGCGCCUUUAAGGAUGAAGUAUUACAUCACUGGCUUAGAGAAAAAUGCCCAAUUGAAGAAAAGCUCCAGGCGGCCGUGGCACGGUUCGUGUACUCCUGUGCGGGCUACUGCGUGGCCACCUUUGUGCUCGGCAUCGGAGACCGACACAACGACAACAUCAUGAUAACCGAGUCCGGAAAUCUGUUCCAUAUCGACUUUGGGCACAUUCUUGGGAAUUACAAAAGUUUCCUGGGCAUCAGUAAAGAGAGAGUCCCCUUCGUGCUGACCCCCGACUUCCUGUUUGUGAUGGGGACAGCUGGGAAGAAGACCAGCAAGCACUUCCAGAAAUUUCAGGAAGUUUGUGUCCGAGCUUACCUGGCCCUCCGGCACCACACCAACCUGCUGAUCAUCCUGUUCUCCAUGAUGCUGAUGACGGGGAUGCCCCAGCUGACCAGUAAGGAGGACAUCGCCUACAUCAGGGACGCCCUGACCGUGGGGAAGAGCGAAGAGGAGGCGGAGAAGUACUUCCUGGACCAGAUUGAGGUGUGCCGAGACAAGGGCUGGACCGUGCAGUGUAACUGGUUUCUGCACCUGGUGCUGGGCAUCAAACAAGGCGAGAAGCACUCUACAUAGUCCCGGCUGACGGCGUCUGGAGGGGAAGGAGGGCAUGACAAGAGCAUCCCCGAACCCUGACCUUCGGACCUUCUCAUUCAGCCCCCGCCCCCCCCGCAUGGAGGAAUGUUGUGGCUCCGGCCGUCGGGGGGCUCUCGCUUAACGGUUUGACGCUCCCCUAUUUGCCACCUUUUCCUUUGGCUUUGGCCAACCUGAGGAGAGCUUCCCACACCGGCUGCUAGCUCCACGAUCCAAGCCCGGGUGACGUUUCCGGCCUGACAGAGGAAAACCGCCAGCCCAGGACUGCCCUCCUUCCCCACAAAACCUUGGCAACACUCGUCUCCCCAAGAGUCCUCUCAGGACCACCCCCUAUUCUGGAGACCUACUCCAGCCUACCAGGGGGCCCCGAGGCCCACCGUGCCAGGGCCCACCUGGGCCCCGACCUUUGUCCAUGAUGUUUGCUCUGGGAUUGCCCACAGCGGGUACUUGGGAGUGGGAAACAUGCGGGCAUGACCCACUCCCCUGCCCUGCUCUUCCAGCCACUGAGGGGGGCCUACUGUGGCUCCAGGAUGGGGCAGAGGCCAGGCCGGGUGUCUGGUGUCCUGCGGGCAUAGGGGGUGCGGGGCUCGGAGACACGGGCACAGGCAGAGCACCCCGACAUCCUACAGCUUGCAUUCACAUUGCUGGGGUCUUGUCUGGCUCCCCAGACCCCAUCGCCCAGGGCCCCCCAGGGCCAAGGAGAAGGAUCCCCGGCUCUGUGCGUACCCUUCAAGCCCACCUUCCAAGAUGGGUCAGCCUCAGGGUCCCCCAACCCCAGUUCUGCCAGACCCCAAACUGUUCAGGUCAUGGUCUCAGACAGUGGGGAAAAGAGAUGAAGGAGGGGCAGGGGAAGGAACUUAGCCAACUCCUACCUCUGGGCUUCCCUCCUCCAUCUGCCUCCCCCCCCUUUUUUUUAAUGGCAUUUGUUAAUUGCUUACUAUGUGCCCGG